AUGGAAUCUCUGAAUAGGAACAUGGCGACCGUAGUUAUUAAGCUUGACUUAGCUAGUUCAGACGGGAAAUGUGAUACACAUGUACUCAUCCACACAAUUUUUAAUAUUCAUUUCGUAUAUAAACUGACCGAGUUCUCCUUUUACGGACAUUCCCAAAGGUUGUUGUGUUUAAAAGAAUUUGUAGUGCCGAAGAGUGUAGCUUUGUAA